CCUUUGGCAACCUCCAACCUUCAUCCCCAUCGUCUCUCGAAGUCGAGUCCAAUAGUCCACAACAGACAAGCUGGUCUUCCACUUGAUUACUAGUAAGUACCAGUCUCAAAUAGAACAGAAGAAGCAACAAUGGCCGCCGUGAUAGACGCAGGAGAGCGAGUUAAGGAAGUUAAUAUUGAGGGUCUGGCCCUGUUGAAGAUUGUAAAACACUGUCAUGAUUGUCUCCCUCAAAUGGUGACGGGGUCGUUGUUGGGUCUCGUGGAAAACGGGGUCUUGGAGGUAACCCACGCAUUUGCGUUUCCGGAAACAAGGAAUCGCGACAAAAACAUGGAAAACGAUAGUGACGACGUUGCCGGUGGACUGGAAGGACACGAAUAUCAACUCGAAAUGAUGCGCAUGUUGCGAGAAGUCAAUGUCGACAACAACUGCGUCGGAUGGUAUCAGAGCAUGUACCUUGGCAUCUACUCCACCACGGCGCUCCUCGAAAACCAAUUCUCCUAUCAGACCGAUCUCAGUGCCAAUGCCAUUGUCGUCCUAUACGAUCCCAUGCAAACGGCCCACGGGAAUCUCACCCUCAAGUGCUACCGAUUGACCGACGCAUGUUUGGAGUACAAGAAGCAAGGCAAAAAUACCUACAUUGAUCCCAACAACAUUUUCGAACCAGUGCCCGUCAAACUCACCAAUCCGGGAUUGGUACGAGCACUCUUGGCGGAUAUGGUCGUCACGGACGGAUCCGCUUCCGGGGAUCUCUUGUACAAUGUCACCACGGGAGGAGCCUCCUUGACGGUCAAUGCCGACACCACAUUUGAUCGACUCGACCUCAGUACCAAUCCCUACCUCGAAAAACACUUGGAAUACUUGUGUACAUGGGUCGACGAACUCGCUGCCGAACAACAAAAGUUUCAAUACUACACACGACAACUCAAUCAACGUGGUGGCAAUCGCAACAAUAACAACAAUAACAACAAAAAGGAAGAAGUCGAUGACAGCGAAGGAUGGGCGUCCAGUAGUGCGCCGAAACGAAUGGAAUCAUUGCUCGUGUCCAACCAAAUUCGAUCUUAUUGCAAUCAAAUGGACAAGUUUGCCGGAGGUAGUCUGGGCAAGUUGUUCUUGACCAGUGGACUGCACAAGAACGAAAAGGCUGCCGCCAAGUAAGUGAGUAAAAGAGGGUCGGUUGGUUGGUAGAUUGAAAGCUGCAGUAGGCUAAUGAAAAAGUAAAAGAGUACAUACAACAUGAGAUGAUGUAUAC